GUAUUAAAUUAAAAUCAAUAUCAGAAUAAUCUACGGUAUGCCGCCUUACAUAAUUUUCAACUUAUGGGACUACAGUCAUGGCAGUCCUUUCCAACUCACCAGUUAUUCCUGUUGUAAUUUCCUUCCUUCGCAUCAACUUGGCCUUUAAAUCUUCUCUCUUUUUCUUAAGAGCCUCCAAAGUACUAGCCAUUGUCCUUGAUUGGCGAUAAAGUGUUACAAUAAGAGGAAUAUGAUCACAGUAUUGCCAUUCAACAACAGUCUAAUCCUCAGUUGGGAAUUCAGCUCACAUGUAAUUUCAAUAGCUGCGAUCACAGAAUCGUGAUAUCUGCAUAAGAAUUGCAUUGCGCAUGCACGGCUUGAAGAGAGGGAUAGAGCGGCACCGCGGCGCGAGUGCGGAUCGGAUCGAGCGCGAGAUCGAGAGGAACAUGGGGAACCACCUUGGGUGUGGCCGUGACGCGAUCUCUAUCGUCAACAAAUCAUUUUGUCUUUGACUUUGGUCUAGCUAGACCUACUCAAUAAUGGGUAAAUUGCAGGUAUUUGAGGUUGUUUUCGAAGGUAGCAAUGAAGUGUUCAAACCAGGGGAUACCAUCCAGGGACACGCAAGGAUAGUUUUGACGGGAGAAAAGGGAGACAUUCGAGGUAUUAAGGUAAUAUGCAAAGGCAAGUCCUACACUCACUGGACUGAAACACGAGGCUCCGGAGAUCACAGAAGAACCAUCCAUUACACAUGGAAAAUUCCAUUCUUCAAGCAAGAAGUCAUUCUCCGUGGAGCAGGCAAGAACAACCAGGCAGCGAGCAGAAUGAAACUACCCAUGGGAGAUCAUCGCUUCCCGUUUCAAUUCCAGUUACCCAGAGAGGGCCUUCCACCACCGUUUGAAGGCACGUGGGGCUGGGUGAGAUAUUAUAUCAAGGCCACCAUAGAUAGACCAUGGAAGUUUGAUCAUAAAGUUCAACGUUUCUUCAGUAUCUGGACUACGAAAGACCUCAAUUUGCUGCCUAAUAUAUUAACAAGUCCAGUUGGGAUCACAGAAAAGACUGUUUGUUGUCUGUGCUGCGAAUCUGGACCAAUCAACGUCCGUGGAUCUAUUGAUAAGGGUGGUUACGCACCGGGAGAGAAUAUCCUUGUUACAGUAGAGCUCAAUAAUCAGUGUGGUAGAGAGUUAGUCUCACUCAAGGCUGCACUGAUACAGAAAUCUCGUUACCAUGCCAAACAUGGAGGAAGCACUCACACCCGUAAGAACACCAAAAAGAUCUGUGAGAUUUCGUUUGACGACUGUAACGCCCAGGAAUCAAUGGUCUUUGAGAGGAGACCCAUGGCCAUUCCACCGAUAGCUCCUAAUUCAUUUGAGAACUGUCCAAACAUUGAAGUCAUGUACCAUGUGAAGAUAGAAGCAGAUGUCUCAGGCACACCCAUCGAUGCAACCGUUGAAUUACCUAUAAUCAUAGGUACAGUACCUGCCUUACCUCACUUGGUUCAACAAGCUCAAACAGGCUACCAAGCCCAACCAGGCUACCAAGCCCAACCAAGUUAUCCAGCCCAACCAGGUCAUCCAGCCCAACCGGGUUACCCAGCCCAACCUGGCUACCCUCCCCAAGGUGGUUACACCCAACCUCAGCCACCUCAACCAGGUUACCCACCACAAGCUGGCUACCCACCACCACAUGCCGGCUACCCACCCCAACCAGCCGGUGGUGCAUCCGCGCCACCUGCUCAGUUUGGUUACCCUCCUGAUCAAGGAGCGUCUCAAUAUCCACCUCAGUCUCCAGUUUUGCCUCCUCCAAGCUAUGAGAUGGCGGUGGAGGGACCAAUCCAGAUAGAAGGCAAGAAAGGAAAUUUUGGGACCACGAGCUACGCACCAAGAUACCCCUACUACAACCCAGGAUCAAUCUCUCCGCCUAUCCUAUCUCAGGAUCCGAAUGCUCCUGUCACGACCCAGCCUCAGUUCAGCCAACAACCAACACAAGCAGAAGAAAUUCAGGUCAAAUUUAAUCCUUAGAGGUGCCCCAAUGCUUCUAGGAUCCUUUGGGUCCCUGCAUUUAAGAGCAAGAUUCGUUAUUCGGAAGGUUUGAAGACUCUGAAGGUUUUUUUUUCUUCUGAAAAUGCUAAUUGCAUUGCCAUAUACCAAGAUGAUUUUUAGUCUGAAAAUGAAAAAAGGUUUUUUAGUCCGAAAAAUGUGCCAGUCAAAUAUAUUGAUGUACACACGCGUGAUCCAAAAAACGUGUUUAAAGGGGUGUUAUUGCAGUUUUGGACGUGGGCCGCGCGUGCACUUGUUAAGGGUAUCAAAAAAAAAAAGAAAAAAAGGGGUAGUUUUGAAAGACUAGUCAAUGGUCAAUUGCAAGGUCAAACGUAUGUAGGGUAUUUUUUUUUUCAAAAGCUUUUUUUUAAGACUAGCCAAACGUGUUAGGGUAUGUUUUUUUUCCCCAAGCUUUGUCCCCGGGGUCAUAUUCUGGCGACAGCUUGUAAAUAAAGCCCACAAAAAACUUGUUUAGGGGGUUAUUUUGCACACAGAGAAAAACUCAUUUAGGGAGUGUUUGGAAAUAAUUUGGCCACGUGUAACCCUAGUCUAAACUAGACUUUUAAAUAGUAAAUAAUGAUAUAUGGGAUUUGUAAUGCACCAAAUCCACUCGGCAGAGUGCUCAAGGCGCAGUGAAAAAAGGAAAGAAAGAGAAAAGUACAAAUAUAUUAAUAAUAGAUUCAGGAACAAUUAAGAGUAGGAAGCAUUGAAUACCGGUAGAUAUGACUGUCUUAAGGUAACGUUUAAAUGUGUCCAUGGAAGUGCAUUCACGGAUAACCAGGGGAAGAACGUUCCAGAGAACAGGGCCAGCCUGAGCAAAAGCCCAACCCCCCAUGUCUUAACGGAUAUGGGAAUAACUAGGGAACCAGAGAUGGAUGAACGUAGGAACCUGACAGGAGUGUAUUUGUUCAUUAAUAUUAAUAUUACAAUCACACUUCUAUGGAAUGCUGGUUUUCAUAAAAUUUAUCUCAUAUUUAAGGCAAUUAUAAUGUAUCAAUUCAUUAAAAUCUAUCUAAUUUUUCUAUUUUUCUCCCCAUUUCAUUCCUCAUUUGAUUUUUUUUACAACUUGUUGCAACAGGAUGAGGAUAAUUUGUACUUGGUGAAUGAGUUGACAAGUGGCACUCCAUAAAAGUGUGUUCUAAGUAACUUAACGAUGGCUAUCAAUAUACCACCCAAUGAGUUUAUAUCAAUUGUUUGAUAGAGCAGUGAUCUUGUGCUAGGUGACUCACAUAAAUCUUUGUUACUAGGUCCCUUAGUGAGGUUUUACAGCCAUCAGUCCUGUGGUCUAAUACUUUCAGUUCUACAGGUGCUUUCUUAGCCCUCAGGUAAAACUCAAAUUGCUGACCAAAAUUUCUGUAUUGUAUUCCCUUGCCAAUGCCAUUAUGCAGGCCUGUAUUAAGUUAUAAUUGUUUUGAUCACUGUCAUACUGUUAUGUAGAGUAGAGGUGCCGUGGUUCAGUUGAUAAGUCUCCGGUCUUUGCACCUUAAGGUACCAGGUUCAAAUCACUGCGGUAGUGAUAAUGUCUUUUGGCAGGACAUUAAUCUACAUUUGCCACACUCGAUCUAGGUAAAGUAAUAGGGUACCUGGCAGGUAUCAGUUCUGCGAAAUGCUUGUGCACUGUAAGGUUUGCCCGACUAAAGCCAGGGUAAUAAUAUCCAAAGUAAUAUCCAGGGUAAUUCCAUAGCUAUAAAGAUGUUAAAUGACAAUGUGAUGUGCACUGUACAAGUCUGGAUCUUUAUUAUUAUUACUAUCAUCAUCAUUAUUGUCAUCAUCAUCAUCAUCUACCAAAAUGCUUUGUGAAUCAGAAAUGGUGCAUAUAAGUAUUUGCACAAAUCAGAUCAAAUGAUAUGUUAGUACUGUGAAAAGUUUAGAUUUAUGUAAUAUCAUACUUCUCUUUUUAAAUGCCUUUAUUUUCAUAUGCUUGUUAUAAUGUUUUAAUAUUUCAUAUUGUGCAUGAAUGUCAUAGUAAUCUAAAAUCAUGAUAUGAAUAUAUUAUUAGUAGCCUACUUAAGGUCAGUAUUUAUCUUGCCUUUACCAGUUUUCAAUCUACUAGUAAUUUCUUAGUGUUUAAAAUAAUUUGAUGUACUGUGUAAUAUAUAUCAAGUUAUUUUCUAUCUUUCAUCAAUACAUACAAUAAUUACUUGUGUAGUAUUCAGUCCUGUCUAAUGUGUGUUUAAUGAUCUAUACAUAAACUAUUUUCCGGAUGUAUUCUCACUUGCUUUGAGAUGUAUUCUACAGUAAACUUAAAUUACCCGCUUCAAUCAAUGAGAGGUACUAGUGACUUUGCAAAAGGACAUGAACUCCGUGGCUGGAAGCUUGAAGCAAUAAUAAGUUCUGCUAACUUGGUGAUACAUUAGCUUCCCAAGGAAGCAAGUCAGCAUCUAAGGCCACACAAACUCACAGUGCGUGGAAGAAGUUUCAUGAACUCCCUCCCUUUCUCACCUCAAGGGUAGCCCCCCAAAGUAAAAGGGAAAUUGCAUGAUGCCUGAGUGAGGAAAUGCAUGACCUAUGGUAGCAAGACAUGGGCAACAAAAUCAUCAGCGAAUUGAAAAGGCUGAGAUGGGGAUGGUCAGAUGGAUGUGCAGGGCAUCGUUAUGUGAGUGAAAUUCAGAUGUCAUUUAUAGAUGUGAAAUCAACACCUUGUUCUUGCCAGUUAACUAUUUCAGAGUGUUCUUUACAUUUACUCUGAUUGUGUCAGUAGAAUAAUACAAUUACCUUGAAGCAAGUCCUGAUUAUUACCCAGUUUAAAUGAGAGCAAACAGGGAUUGAUUUCAAGUGAAUCAUACUUUCUGAAAAGACUGAUUUUUAUGCAAAUCAGACAGUUCACAUUUUAAUAUCCCUACUAUACUUUGUCAGUUUUCAACCAAUGCUCAUGAAAUUUGGCUCACAUAUUGGUUUUGAGGUAAAGAUAUGCAAGAACAUUUUUGCAUGUGUUGGAAAUCAUGUUGCCAUGGUAACAAAUUGAUCUUGGGUGAAGAUGGGCAAGACAUAUUCACUCUGUGUGUUGGUAGCAGCAGAGGGCAGGGGUAUUAAUCACAACUUCUAUUUUACAGUGUGAAAAUAAAACCUUACCUUUUUUUAUCUAUCAUAUUUUAAUCUGAAGAAUAUUACAAAAUUAUGAUAUUCUCACCAAAGAGGUUUUUAAUGUCAGUACUAUUUUGAAAUUUUCAUUAUACUUUUUAAUUCUUAUGGCAAGCCACUAUCAGACUUGCCUGUGUUCACAUAGGUGUAAAGUUUUUUUUUUAGAUGGAAUGUUAUGAUAUGGUCUGUACUAUAUAUUUUUACUUUAUAUGUAUAUAUGAUGCUGAUAUUACUUCUGUAAGGCAAAAUUUGUUGUGUAAAUAAUGUCAUUACUUUCUCUUCUACUGGCUGAAUUAUGUGCUAAAUCAUUGUUAUACUCUAGUAUGCCUUGUGCCACUUAUCGUGUAUACAUGCUGAUAGAAUGUAGUCAAUUGAACUAUUCUGUUUUAAAAUGUAAGCUUUACAGAUUAAAAAUAUAGUUUGUGGGGGUGUUGUGAUCUAGUGGUUAUGACUAUUGUCUUUCAAUCAAAGGACUAGGGUUCAAUUCCAAGCCAUUGCGUGUUUACCUUUAGCAAGAAAUUUACCCACAAUGUGCUGCACUCAACCCAGGUGAAUUGAAAUGGUACAUGAAGAGCCCAUACGGAUAUUGUACAGAUAUAUUGUAUGAUUGUGGCAAGGAGAUUGUGAGGUUAUAUGAAUAUAUUCUAAUACAAAAUCCUAAUAUCUUUCAUGGCUACAAUCUUAAGGUUUUUGAAAAUUUGUGUAAUCUUGUGCUAAACAAAAUCAUGAUAAUUGUAUAUAUACUAAUGUUUGUAUGCCUACCAAGGGUGAUCAUGUGAUUAGAGUUAUAUGAUCAGUUAAGGGUCACUCCAUGAUGAAUGUAGACCAAAUGUAAAGAUGGCAUUAGAUGUAAUUUAGCAGAUAAUGAAUAUGCAGACUGUUAACUACAUGUUCAUGAGAGCAUUCUGCUUUUGAAGUGAAAUAACUUGUGGCUAAAAUCUUUCAUCAGUUAAUUAAUCCAAAACAAAGAGAAGAUAAGGUUAAAUUUAUGUAUUUCGGAAUUCAAGGUCUAUCAAUACUAUAUAAAUGUGCGCAACUAUUGUUUGUGCUAUCUAUGAUUGCGAUGUCUGUUGGUUUCAUUAGAGAUCAGCUUGGCUUGUGUCAUCACAUCUGGUUAUCGUGUUGGGUAAUCACGUCUACCCGACCAUUCAAAGAAAGGUCCACCUAAAUUCCCGAAAUGUCGUGUCUAGUUUACCCGACUAUUUGAGAAUUUCGCUAUAAUUGUCACGAAACAUUGAGUAAAGUGGACCCGACCUUUCGGCUUUAUAGUUGACCACUUCCAAAUGCAUGAAAGAUAAUGCAUUACGAGUGAAACAUAAUAUCAGACUGCAAAAUGCUUUUGUGCAUAAUGUAAAAACAAUGGAUGGUACGAAAUAUACUUUAUUUGUAGUUGAAAACCUUUUUUUUGCUUGUCAUUUUUUUUCUGGCAAGAAAUACCCAAAAUUUGUGGUUGAAACCUAUUUUUUUUCUUGUCAAAUUUUUGGGGUACGAAAUAUACUUUAUUUGUAAUUGAAGACCUUUUUUUUUUGGUUGUCAAAUUAUUUUCCUUUGAAAAAUUUGCCCACCCCCCCUUUUGGAAAAUCCUGGAUCUGCCCCCGAUUCAAAUGUAUCAUGUACAAACAAAAGACAGGCUGAACACAACUGAAAUAUAGCUACAUGUAAUAGGCUAGCCAUGAAUAAUUUGAUAAAACAAAAACAAAUUGUUGAAUUAAAUGCUGACAUGACAUGUUAAGGUCAUAUAUGAUAUUGAUGCUUCUCUUACAUGUAUGUAUGUGCUUAAGUAUAAAAUGGAGAGACUUAUUUAAAGCAUGUAGGUAUGUUUGGGUAAAUCUUAAUAUUAUUCAUUUUAAAAGUUGAAUUUAUUGUCAGAUGAAAUGAAAUAGUUUAUCACAAAAGACAUAUGUUCUUUGUUUGAAAGAUGAAAUCUGAUACGACAUCAGGUAUGCCACCAAAGUAUUUUGAUGGGGGGGGGGGGGGGGGUGUGAAAAGAACUACUUAAAGUGAAAAAAAUCUUGAUUUUUUUUUCAUUUCUUUACAAAUCUCUUGAAAAUCAUAUGUUCCCUACUCCCCCUGUAAAGCCGCCCAUGAAUUAAAUGUCUUGAUAAACAAAGUCAGUUCCCUGAUAUUAGAAAUUAUGUUUUUUUUUUUUUUUUUUUUUUUUUUGGGGGGGGGGGGGUUGUUAUCACUUCACAAAAAUUGAAUCAGGAAAAAAAUUCUAGCUAAAACAAUCAUGAACAGUUUUUGUAUGCAACAUCUUUGAUUAAAUGUGAUGAUUUCUGCUUGUUUAUUAUACAAAUAUGAUUUGUCUAAAAAAUUCUUGUUGAGGCUAACUUUGAAAGUACUUGAUUUGGUGCUCUUUAGUGUGAUUGUUGUCACAGUGAUAUACAUGUAUGAACCUUGACAACUAUUCCAUUCUUUCAUUAGUUCAUAUCAGUGUCAUAUUUUUAGAGAUCAAAUACAUGUACCUUUCUUUUUAAAGUAUAUGAUAUUGAAUAGCACGGAAUUACACGUUAAUUCUUUUUUUUUUUUCAGUUUCUAUACUAUCAUAAAUCUGUAACAUGUGGAAUACAUGAUUUGAACUUUAUUAGUAAUAAAAAAUUGCUGAUAUUAAUCAAA